AUGAUUUGGGACGUGGAAAAUAUACAACAGUACAUAGUAGUAGCACCAUGGGCGGUCCAUAGCACAUACAAGUUUGUGACAGAUGAUCCGGAGAAGAUGGAUCUCGGCUACUUCCUCGUACUCCCCUUCUUGCUCCUCAGAAUUCUGCACAACCAGGUCUGGAUAUCUCUUUCCCGUUACUACACAGCCAAGGGAGAUAGGCGCAUCGUAGAGAAAGGCAUCGACUUCAAUCAGGUCGACAGGGAGACCAACUGGGAUGACCAGAUAUUGUUCAACGGACUGCUGUUCUAUAUAGGGAUCUCACUGUUGCCACAGGCGAAGCAACUUCCCUUGUGGAGGACAGACGGAGUGUUGAUGGCGGCGCUACUUCACACCGGUCCUGUGGAGUUCCUCUAUUAUUGGCUCCACAAAGCUCUUCAUCACCACUUUCUUUACUCCCGCUACCAUUCCCACCACCACUCCUCUAUCGUCACUGAGCCCAUCACUUCGGUGAUACAUCCGUUUGCGGAGCACAUAGCAUACUUCAUGCUCUUUGCGAUACCAUUGCUUACGACGUUGCUAACGAAAACGGCAUCCAUAGCGUCGUUCGCCGGAUACGUAAUUUAUAUAGACUUCAUGAACAACAUGGGACACUGCAACUUCGAGUUCGUCCCUAAGCGCCUUUUCGACCUCUUCCCUCCCCUCAAGUUCCUCUGUUACACUCCCUCGUAA